AUGUCACAGACCACUAACGGGUUGUUUGAAAUCACCUCUCAAAUUGACACUAUCAACAAAAAUCAGGCCAGUUUAUUGUCUUUACAUCGAGAUUUUUGGAAAGAAUUAGCUUCAGAGCAUGUGAAUUACGAAAAUAUCGAAAAAAUUAAUAGGAAUAUUUAUUCUCUUAUGACUGAUUGCAAAAACUCGUUAACCAAUCUAUAUUUCAACUAUUCAAACAAUAAGACCAUUCUAAGAUUAUAUGCGAGCUAUAUUGAAAUUUUUGAGUUUAAUAAGGAAAUGGCUCAGACAUUAUAUGCAGAGGCCAAUAAUAUUGAAGAAGAAGAAAUGAAGAAGAAACGAAAAUUUUCCAGCCCAGUCAACAUCUUCAAUCUUAAACGAGGAAAUAAGGUAGUACCCUCAAUCACUACGAAUGUAUUAACUAAAUAUACGAUUCUUGACGGAGGUAGCAAUUAUGAGGAUGAUCUACAUGACACUGCAUUAGAUAAUAAGGAGGAAACUACGUUCAUGGAUUUGGCAGGAGAUGCUUUUGAAGAUGCUCAAUCUAAAAAAGAAAGUAUGAUGCGAAUGGCAAUAGCUUCUCCAAAGUCUCACAAAUGGGCCACAUUUUUACUAACCUCAUAUUUUAUUGUUGCAUUUUGUGUUAUUUGUGCUUCAAUAGGUUUGAGUGUAUAUUAUUCUCGCAGUGUGAAGGUCAAUGUUCCCUAUUUGCAACAAGUGUGUUUUCCAAGCACAAUUCCUCUUUCAAUUAUUAGGAAUGUUCGAGCAGCUCAGAAUUGGAUCAAUGCGUUUUAUAUAUUCGAAUUCUCUUGGCCUCCAACGAUUGAUGGAUUUCCUAGCGUCACAAAAAAAUUUUACAUUAACGAUCACAAGAACAGGUUUGAAAAUGAUUUGAAUCUGCUGAAAACCUUGUUGCAAGUCGGUCAACAAGAUGUGUUUGAUCCUGCCAUCUAUUCUGAUUACUCUUCAAAUAAUUAUCCUUUAUUAAUUCCAAAUGAAGACUCAAAUGAUACAAAUCUGUUCUACAAUGGAGAGAAUUCUCAAAGGUUGUCGUCAAUAGUUGAGAUAACCAACAUGAUUAUCAAAUAUUCUGAAAAAUUACUUGGUCAAUAUCCUUACAAUUUAUUAAUGGAUAUCGAGACUGGAAAUCAUACUUUUGAAGAAAAACAAGUGUUAUUGAAUCAAUUAUCAAACAAUGUGUAUUUGAAUCCAUUACAAAACUAUAAUUACAUGUUUCUAUAG